CAUAUUUCAUCCCCAUAACAUCCUUUAAGCCCCCUCAUUCCUGCAGUCCCAGGCCGCCUUGGCACGCCACUACUAACAACCGCCGCCGAGACCAAAAAAACUGUACCGCGAACAAGCCAGCAGGAGAGAUGAAGUAGAGAGCCAAGCGCUACUUUUUCUUCGUCAUUCCUCUUUCGGCCAUUCGCCAAUAGUUGUAUUCCUACUUCCACAUUAUUCGAUCAGCCCACAAGUAACCCUUUUCCGCAUAACCUCGAGAUGUCUCAUCACCCGCAGCUCUCAGUUUCGACUGGGUCUGCCGGUGCUGGGCCAUCCACUCCGACGCUCCCUCGUCGUCCUCAAGGUGCGCGUCGGCGCGGUGUUAUGCCUGGACUAUUCAUCGCAAACCCUGACAACUCUGAUGAGGAAAACUCUCCGCCCAAAGCUGGGAGUCAGAGAUCAUCGUCAGGAGUAUCACCUAUCAGUGUCUCAUCGAGCUCCGGCAGAGGUGGUCCAAGUUCAGUAUCCAUUCCUCAGCCAGCAUCGCCAUCGCAUAGUAUCAAAGAACGAGGGAGCUUGCCUUAUCCUUCAAUUCCUGCACCUCAAUCUUCCCCUUUACCUUCUAUAUCGGCAUUCCCAAGUCCACAGCCGUUGAUACCGACGCCAUCGCCUGCGCCAAUAGCAUAUGGUCACACCCCAGAAAUAUCGUCAGGACCACCACAGCCGCCCCCUCAACCGCAGCGGCAUCUUCAACGGGCGUUUACAACAGCAACUCCGGAAAAUGCACCUCGACUCCUCCCAGAACCUCGUUCUUCAAGCACAGGUACAACGUCAUUCCAUCAACAGGUUAACAACUCUCCAUCGCGUGCUCUUCCCUCAUUACCAUCACCCAUCACGCGGCAGUCUACCAUGCCUUCUCCUGUAUCCCAAUCCCCAUCAACCUCGCAUGGACAACCAUAUUCUGCUCCUCCUGCGUAUCAUCCCCAUGAUCCAACAAGAGUGGCAAGCCCUGACGAUGUGAUGAGCCCUGCCACUGGCAGCGAACAUGGGAGUAUCAUGAGUGCGGGAAUAGGGCAUAGAAAUCGGUCGGCUUCAGUGCAGGGGCAACAGGUCAGACUGCAAGUGACGACUGAUAACGAGGCGUUUCAUCUGGUAGAUAUCACAGGAAUAAAUACUGCUGAAGGUAUACGUGAAAAAGUAUUCUCGAAACUGCGUAUCCGAGAUGAAGAUUACCCAACUCUGUCGAUGUAUCGUACUGAAAUUGGAGAACCGGCAGAUGAAACACCUAUAUUACCUGCUGCUCUUCUUAACAUUUGCCGCACCCUAGGAGACUCUCGAGCUAGCCUCAAAUUCCUAGUCAAGCAAACCGAUGUUCCACCAUCAUCCGCCGCAUCUGUCAUUCCACCCGUCUCUCAGACCGAUUAUCAUCCUUUUCGCGCCGCAUCGGAUCCCCGACGUGCAGGGGUUCCCCCAAUAACGACGGAUUUGCCUAAUCCAGUGCUUUACCGUGUCUCAAGUCGUCACUCAAAAGAAGGGAGUGUAAGUAGUGCCAGCGGAGAAGUGCUUAAUCGGGGGGAGCUGAGUGCCAGUGACUGGAGCGAUCUGGGACAUGAAGCAGAGGACUGGUCAGGGCCCGGCUUGUCAAGGAGCACAAGGAAAUCUGUCUUACAGAAUGCGGGUGUGCGACUAUCGACUUCAACGGGUGGAUCGAGAUCACCGGUUACAGAACACUCGGCUUCUUUGGGCACGAGCUCUCCAGCUUUGCCCACACCACCUAUACCUCCUCAUUCCACCUCAUUACAGGCUGGCGAGCCUUCCAUUCAUUCUUCCCCGUCUAGUCGACCGUCUAGCAGACAUUACGAGUUUAAUGAACUUUCUUUGCCUCCGCAAUUCGAUCACUUUAAGCCUUCUAAUGCUAUAUCUGUCUUUCCUCGUCCUGGAACGCCAAUCAGUGACUCAUAUCAAAACGAAAACGCAUUUGCCGGUCCUAGUCGUCCAGUAAUGAAUCAAGAGCAAGGUAGCCAAGGACUCGGACUUACUUUGGAUGAUGACAUUGACCCAGAGACUCGCGCUUUGAUAGAGCAAUUCCAAAGGGAGGAACAGGAGGCGCAAAAGAAGGAGGAAGAGAGGAGAAGGCAGCUCGAAGCAGAUGAAGAGUUGGCAAAGAGAGAGCAGCAGAGCGAAAGAGAACUGUGGGAGAUGAUGCAGCAAAUGCAAAAGGAGCAAAGGCAGAGAGAACAAGCACAAAUCGCCGAAGAUGAAGCCAGAGCUAGGCAGGUAGAGGAGGAACAGAGACAAGAAGAAGAGCAGAGACAAGCGCUAGAAGCAGCCCGUACGGCAUGGGAGGCGGAGCAGCGGGAACAAAGGGAUCAACGAGAGCAGCGAGAGCAACAGGAAAGUCGGUUUCAUACAUUUGAGAAAGAUAGGCGGCAAAGACAGCAGUUCUUUCAGAACAGAGCUAGGAUGGGGGCUCCUUUGGAUGACUCCGCGACAUGGGAGUCUACUUGGAUGGUCGGCCCUUCAGCUGAAGGGUCUCUCUCGUCAAGAAGGCCCUCAGAGGGACGAAUGCCCAUGGUGCAGACAUCGGCGCCAAGGACCAGUCAGACUCAGUCGCCAGCGCUACCGCCACGGCAAAGCAGUCAGCCUAUCUACCAGCCAUCGCAGUCCCAGUAUCUGCCGGAUUUCGCCUACUCUCACCGCCGACCAUCUGGAUUUCCCAAUACUUCUUACGCUGAAACAUCGCAUGCUCAAGAGCGACUACAUGAUCCCCGCUUACAACAGGCAACGGGACGUGCACCAGCUCCGGGGCAGCGCGGAGGGACAUCCAAUACCCCUCGCCCGGAAUCUCAGCGACUUCGCCAUCCUUUCAGCUACGCUGCUCAUGAACCAAGUAAUGAGCGUCUUCAAGCUCCUGCACUGUCCACCGCUAGAUCUGUGGAUAAUUUGAGGAUGACCAACGGGCCACUUGGUAUGACUUCACGUCAAAGUCAGGUUUACGGGCCUCCCAGAACAUCAAUCACCCCUGCUCCAGGAUUCGCAGAGCACCGCAAUAUUCAACCUGCAUCCGCUACCGCAACAUCGUAUCGGAGUCCAUCAUCGGACAGAGCCAGAGAUGGAAGGUAUCCGGAACCCUUGCAUUCUUCGUCUAGGGUGGCGACACCCAUGGCACCAGCCAUAAUUGAUACAGGUCUUGUACCAUUCCCGUCACCGCAUCCGAACAGCGCGGCAUCUUCGAAUUCAUGGCGGGGCCACACACCGCAGUUUAAUUCUCUACCAAGAUCAGCUCGUGGUCCAACAUUCGAUAUCACACGACCCAAUACUGUCCAUUACGACCGCUCUCCGCCUCCUCCCACCUCGCCUGAAACAGCAAUUCCCCCUCGCCGACCUUCUACGUAUUACGACGAAUUUCACCCUCCAGACACUGCCCGCACUAUCGUCGAAGAUGGUGCAACUAUUCGUCGACCGUCAUCUCCAUUCCCUUGGGGUGAUCGAGCUAGAAGCGGUAAUGCAUCAACUCCAUACCGUACCGCAUCACCUGUCCCAGUCGAUCAACCCAGGACCAGUGAGACAAAUACAUUUGACGACACCGACUCACAGUUGCCCUAUGCUCAUAACGCAAGCCCUCAAUCCUCCUGGUUGUCAGUUUCGAGGGCUGGUGCUCAUCGGAGCGACUCUGAUACUUUGUCAGUAGCCGGCACAGUCAGCAGCGAGGCGACAGUUCGGCCAGGAAAGGGCAUGGGUGAAGACAACGACACAAAUUCGGGAGACACGGCUAAGGCUGGGCAAUGGGACAGACAUCUGAAGGAGAUGAUUGCGAAAAUGGGACCAGGAGGCGGAGAAGGGACGGUGAGACCAAGGAAGGAGGAAGAAGAAGAUGAAGCAACGCUGUUUAUCACGCCGCCUGUCCGGGCACCAGAAACGUCCUCAUCUCGCACAAACGCGAUACGUCCAUCACCUUCGAAACCUAAUCUCAUCGUCAACACUGCUUCUUUGAGUCAGCAGGCAUAUGAUCAAGUCAACCCUGUACUUUCGGCCAGCACGCCAUCAGAUAGCGCAACGGAGUCUGAAGGCACAGGUGAAGGUGAUGGUGAAAUUGAGGGGUCCAACAUUAAGCGCGGCAAAUCUUUUGCCCGCCCCAGAGACCCCAAUCAAUGGAACUUCCGUCCGGAGCCCGAGCAACUGUAUGAAAAUCUCGACAGGGUUUUCCCGCAGAUUGAUUUGGAUAGACCCAUUGUGCAAGGAGCUGAGUCGACACCGUCAACACCCGGGAUUGAGUCGCCGAGUCGAGUGGAGAUCAUUGGCGGGCUGCCGUUGCCCGCAGGUGCAGCACCUGGUAGACAAGGUGGCCCCCAGGCUGGGUCAGGACCUUUAGGUAGGGCCCCUCAAGCAACAGGGCCUUCUUCGGCACCUACUGGAGCGUUCAAUAGAUCAAAAUUCAACAAAGCGGAGAAUCGCCGGUCGAUCCGAGUUGUUGCCGAUCACAAACGCCGCACCCUUCAACGUCAGGUAUCCCGACACGAAGACCUUCCACCAGAAUACGACGUCGGUGCUGAAGAGGUCAACUCUGCCAUGGAUGAUCAGGUUGUGGACCCCAGAAGUGAGGAGCAGAGAAAGAAGGACAACAGGCGAAGCUCGAGCAUGUGGGAUCAUAAGCUGGUGGAAGUUACGAGAUUCGCGCGAGCUCAGGCCAACCGCGAAGCUGAUAUCCCUGAGUCACCUGCCUCUGAUGGCAAGCCUGGCACUGUAAACUGGGUUAAGGGCGAGCUUAUCGGGAAAGGCUCUUAUGGUAGGGUGUAUAUCGCGCUCAAUGUCACAACGGGAGAUAUGAUGGCGGUCAAACAGGUCGAAUUGCCGGCCACAGAAAUUGAAAGGCAUGACUCAAGGCAGCAAGGGAUGGUCAAAGCGUUGAGGGAUGAGAUCGAAUUGCUGAAGGGUUUAGAGCAUAAGAACAUUGUGGCGUAUCUGGGAUACGAGACAAGCCCCGAGUAUUUGUCCAUUUUCCUUGAAUAUGUUCCCGGUGGUACUAUUGCCUCGAUUUACCGCACCCCUAACCAAGCCCGUUUCGAGCCUCAGCUCGUCAGAUUCUUCACUGAACAGAUUCUAGAAGGGUUAGCUUACUUGCAUUCGAAGAAUAUUUGGCAUCGAGAUCUCAAAGGUGAUAACAUCUUGGUGGAUGCACAGGGCAUAUGUAAGAUUUCAGAUUUUGGUAUUUCUAAACAGACAGCCGAUGCCUAUGACUCCUUUGGUCAAGCUACCAACAUGAAAGGCUCCGUCUUUUGGAUGGCACCUGAGGUUAUUCACUCUUAUUCCGAACGCUCAUACUCCGGAAAGGUUGAUAUCUGGAGUUUGGGAUGUGUUGUCCUUGAGAUGUGGUCUGGAAAGAGGCCUUGGGGUGACAUGGAGCAAUUUGCUGCGAUGUUUGAGCUCUUCAACAAACGAUCUAGGCCUCCCCUUCCGCCUGAUAUUAAUCUUUCUUCUGUUGCUCUCGAUUUCCUCAACGAAAAGUGUCUUGCUACAGACCCUCGCAAUCGCCCCAUGGCGCGCGACCUUCUUCAACAUGAAUUCAUAAAAAAUAGGGACCUGACUUGGACUUUCAAGGACAGCAAAAUUGGGAAAGCUGUCGCGAAGAGGGGAGCGAAACGACCCCAGGCAUGAUUUAGCAUUGGUAUGUGCUCCAGAAAGGGGCAUCUGGGAGAAGUAUGAUGAGUAUGAUCAUAACGAAAAAUCUAACGACACGGAGAUCGCUUGACGCGUUUGACAUCAGACGAGCAUUUUUUUUUAUAGACAUCAUUGGGUUGAAGUAAGUCAUGUAUGAUAUAUUGUGUU